UCCUGGCCCAGGAAAUUUCCCGUGUCUUACCAUUUUUAAUUCCAGUUAACGCAGAAGCGAGCAAAACCCGGUUCUUUCUUUAACUUAGAACGCCACAGUGACGAUUCGGGACUUGAUCGUGUAGAAAAUUCAUGGAAGUGGUUUUUCUUCAAUCUCAUCAGAAGGUUUGGUGACGUUAAUGUGAUUGUAAUGGCACUUGGGUUGGUUUCUAAACUGCAAAACCUGUGGCCGUUUUCGUUAUUGAAAUUUGAUGAUUUGAGAGCUUCUGAUGAGUUGGUACGCCAACUUUCGAUACCGGAACAUACAAAAAGGUUUGUUUUUGCGAUUAGAGAACCUGAAUCGAAAUCUGUGGUGUAUAUACUUUGUGCCCAGAAUUUAUCUGAGAGAUCAGCUUUAGAUGCUGAGUGUCUUAUUAGGGAAGUCCGACCUGAUGCCGUGGUAGCUCAAGUGAGUGUUCGGGAUGAGGAGAUUGAAUUAGGACAUAUUGAUGGUGAGUCAGUUCCUACUUCUUUGUUUGGAGUGCUGAAACGAUGUUUUGUUGAUAAGAUUAAUAGGGAAGUGUAUGAAAAUAUGGCUGGGAACUUGGUUUUGAGGGAGAUUUUUGGGGUUAGUUUUCAUGGACCUUUCUUGGCUGCUAAGAGGGCUGCCAAGGAGGUCGGUUCAUCAUUUGUGAUGCUUGAAUCGUCGAUGGUUAGAGACCCUGGUGGAGAUAACUCUUGUAAGGAAGUGGAUUCAGGGAAUAAGAUUCAAGGUUUAGUUAAUAGUUUGGUUCCUCAGACAGUAGGUUCAGUUGUGUCAUCAAGUUCUAGAAGGUUUCAACUUACUAAUGAUGUUGAGUUGCAGAUGGUGAGGUUGUUAUCUUCAAAUAUGGAUUUGUUAGAGUUGAAAUCGGGGCCUGCUAAUUCUAAUUUUGACACAGGGUCAAAAGAAGUUCUGUUGAGGCGCAAUUAUGCAAUUCCAACAUUUGCACAAUCUAUUUAUCCUUUACUUUUGGAUUUGCAUGAUAUAUUCGGUUAUCUCCCGUCAAUGACGAGGGCUCUAGCCCUUGCACAAAAGAUGCUCAAUGAUGUGAAUAGAGGGAAAGCUGUGGAUACUCAGGUUAUUUCUGAAGUUCACACCUUUCGAAUUGCUGUUGAGGGGCUGAGAAUUGCUCUUAACAAUGCUGGUCGGCUGCCCAUCAAUAAAUUGAGGGAUUCCAAUUCACCCAAAAUUGAAUUUUCUGAACUUCCAGUUGAAGAUAAGUCACAUGCUCUCCUUGCACAGUCUCUUCAGAGUCAAGCCAAGGAGUUCAAGACUAUGGUGGCAGUGGUUGAUGCUAGUUGUUUAGCUGGGCUUAGGAAACAUUGGAACACUCCUGUUCCUGAUAAGGUCAAAGAUUUAAUUACAGAGCCGAUUGCAAACUACGAAGGUGAUGGGGAAACUUCAAAUUAUGUGGAUAGGAAGCGAUUAUUAUCUAAUAAACCUGUUGUGGCUGUGGGUGCUGGAGCAACAGCUGUUUUAGGGGUUUCCUCUUUUUCUAAACUUCUUCCGGCAUCAACCUUCAUGAAGGUUGUAUCAUUUAAAACUCCUGUUUCACUCAAACUUUUUCUGACGCAAACCCAGAAGGCACUGGCAAUAGCUGUUGGCAAGACUAAAGUUGUGGCUCCAGGACUUGCAACUUCUGGAUCAAAUACAACAUCCGUCUUGAAGGCAGCAGCUUCUGCUGAGAAAAUCCGGACGGUUGCCCACAGUGUCAUAGCCUCAGUUGAGAAGACCAGUUUUUCAGCCAUGAGAACAGCAUUCUAUGAAAUAAUGAGAAAACGGCGGGUACGACCAAUUGGUGUCCUACCAUGGGUAACAUUUGGGGGUAGUGUUGCAACUUGUGCUGGAUUGCUUUUGUAUGGAGAUGGGAUUGAAUGUGUUGCUGAAUCUUUACCUGCAGCUCCCUCCAUUGCCAGUUUAGGGCGUGGGAUUCAGUAUCUACACAAGGCAUCUCAAGAAGUGAAGCAGACAAAUGAAUCCAGGAUUCAAAAAUCUAUAGAGGCACUGAUGUACAGGUUGAAGAAAUUAUAGAUUCAAUAAAGUAAGAAUUCAGUUAUUGUCUUGUUCUCGUAUAGUAUUCAUAAUCUUAUUAACAGUCAAUGAUUUUGAAAGGUUGCCUGAAUUGAAAUGAGAGAUUCUUACGUACAUAAGUCUAGGUACAGUUGAAUGCAUCACCAUGGCUGCCAAAGUUUUGAUCAUAGAGGCGUUUUUGGUUUUUUGGGUGCACCAUAUUCUAAUUUCUCUGGACUACAUUUCUCAAUCGUCAUAAACAGGUGAGUCAGCAACUAUUGAUUCGAUUUAAUUUUAUAUGAUAAGAAACCAGGAAGGGGUUUGCUGGUGUAGUGUUGCUGCCAAUUGUUCUUGAAGAUGAAGGAAAUUUUAUAUGAUAAGAAACCAGGAAGGUUUUGUAUUCGAAGUAACCAGUUUCGGUACUUUUGGCCCCAGUUGUGUUUCAUGAGUAAUAAUAUGCAGGAUUAUUAGAUUCUUUAUAA